AUGCCUAAACAGCGGAUGACACUCGCGAGAGCUGACGAUUACCUGAAAACUCGACACCGCUUGAAGAGCACAACUAAAGACUAUCUCACCCUUUUGAAAUCCGUCCCAGUAUGCUCACCCGACCUCCGCAUCCACCGCGCUUGCUACGUACUUCGAGAGAUCUUUUACGCCUAUCGCGAAGCUACAUGGAGCAGAUUCUGUGCCAGCAUUUCCCUCGCCACACGACAUGACGGUCUCACUAUUAUCACUGAGGACCCAAUGAAGUCAGGGCGGAAGAACGGCUGGUUCGCUGACUUUCCCAAUCAACACUUCAUCGGCAACCCUACAGCCAAGGAGAAGGUGCUGGCGAUCACUCCGUGUUACGAUGUCGGCUUCCUGAAGAAGCUCGUAGAACAGCUGUUCGCAGGCCUCGACGUACACAUCGAAGAAGUCAACGUUCGCCUCAAGACCCUUACUGAGUGCACCAUCGUGGCUCUAGAACCCGGGGAUGAACUUGACUUGGGAUAUUACCAAACCCACUGGUGCAUGCGCGUCACUGUGCCUUCCACGGGAAAACAGACCGCUCUCGACAUCACUGGUGCGCAGUACGGUAUUUCCCAUGGUGACAUGCCGUGGGAGUCGCAACACGAAUUUUUUGUCGAAAAGAUCCAAGCUGUGAAGCCACUGGGCACGCUUGAGAAGUUUGCAGAAGAGAUGGCAACGUUCAAGGGUACUGAAGGCCUCGAGUACCAAGUUGCAGCAGGCGCGAUCAAGGCAUGGCAUCAGACUGUCGAUUCUGCGAUGGAGCGAAAGGGCUUGACAUGGGCGGACGUAUUACAGAAACCGGAAGCAGACUAUGAGAGACAUACAAGGAAGAUUAUCAGCGUAGGCACAAAGGCUAUGCAGAAGUAUGCUGCGGUUACAAAGUUGACCAAGAGGAGAAACAAGGCGGAGAGGUAUGAGGAGAGGCACGAAGACCAAUUGGAGGGAGAGACUGAGGAGCUAGAGAUGAUCUACUUGGAGUAG